AUGCUUCGAAUGCCGAUUUGGUAUCGUAAAACUGUAUCAUGUGAAGCGAAAAUGCGUAUAUUUCGUGCUUGUAUUCUACCUGUUCUGUUAUAUGGGAGUGAAGUGUGGUCUCUAACACUGGCUCAAGAAAGACGGCUAAAUACAUUCUAUAUGGCUUGUCUAAGAACAUUAGUUGGUGUAACAUUAGGCGAUCGAAUGUCCACUGAAAAACUUUUGGAACUGAGUGGUCAACCAAAUUUGUGA